CUUACAGCUGGAGCUCAGUAGGCUAGGCGCGCAGAUCUCCCGAUGACGGGGUGCAGCCCUGUGUUUGCCAUGCAGCACAUCGUGGGUGUGCCCCACAGACUGGUGCGGAGAGGCCUCCUUGGAAGUGACCUUUUUAUGACCAGGACUCUCUGCAGUCCAAGCUCCAGCCAGCCAGGAGAAAAGCAACCUGAGGCGGCGGCCCUCAGGCUGUAUCACCGCCUCCCAGCACUGGGAAGAGCCUUGGCUCACAGCAUUCAGCGAAGAGUGGCCUCCACAGCCAAGACUUGGUGGGACAAAUAUGAAGAGUUUGUCGGACUCAAUGAGGUUCGAGAUGCCCAGGGAAAUGUGACUGAGGCAGAGAAAGUGUUCAUGGUGGCUCGAGGGCUUGUCCGAGAGGCCCGGGAAGAUUUGGAAGUUCAGCAGGCCAAACUGAAGGAAGUGAGGGACCGCUUGGACCGAGUCUCCAGAGAGGACAACCAGUACCUGGAACUGGCCACUUUGGAGCACAAGAUGCUGCAGGAAGAGAAGAGGCUCCGCACUGCCUAUCUGCGUGCAGAAGACUCUGAGCGUGAGAAGUUCUCUUUCUUCUCAGCAGCUGUGCGGGAGAGUCACGAGAAGGAGCGCACGAGGGCCGAGAGGACCAAGAACUGGUCUCUCAUCGGGUCAGUCCUGGGAGCUCUGAUUGGUGUGGCUGGCUCCACCUAUGUGAACCGUGUCCGACUACAGGAACUAAAGGCCUUACUUCUGGAGGCACAGAAAGGGCCUGUGAGUCUCCAGGAAGCCAUCCGUGAACAGGCGUCUAGCUACUCCCUCCAGCAGAGGGACCUCCACAACCUCAUGGCGGCCCUUAGGGGCCUGGUGCAUGCUGGGCAAGGUCAGGGUUCUGGGUCAGCAGCAGGUACUUUCCCCACCCAAGACAGAGACAUCGAUGUCCUUUCAGCUGCCAUGAAAGAGCAGCUCAGUCAUUCUCAGCAGAUCCAUUCCAGUCUAGAGGGUUUACGAGAGCAACUUGAUGGCCUGGAAAAGACUUAUAGCCAAAUGACUGGGCUGGUUCAGCUUGCAAAGGCUGCAGCACACCCAGGUCUGGUGCAGCCUCUAGAUGGUGCUCUGUCCAGCUCCUUGCUGGAGCAAGGGAGCAUGAUCUUGGCUCUGUCAGAUGUAGAGCAGAGGCUAGAAGCACAAGUGAACAGGAACACCAUCUACAGCACACUGAUCACCUGUGUGACAUUUGUGGCCACGCUACCUGUGCUCUACAUACUGUUCAAGGCCAGUUAGUUCCUGGACCACCUAAGGGGUGAAUGUGGCUUUUGUUGGCAAAUUCCAGCAGUGAAGUGAGUCUUCGGGUACACAUAGCCUCAGCCUGAGUCUGAGCACCUUCUGUAUGGCUCACCAG